CAACAACAAUAAAAAAUGUGAAAGCAAAAAUAACCUGAAUAACAAAAGAAAUACGAAGAAAAAUAAAAACAACCAUAUUUCCCCCUAUAACGUUAAAAAGAAAUAAAGUAAAAGAUACAAAUAAAGUAAAAGUGAAAUUAAAAAUUCAAAAAGCGUCAACACGCCAACGUAUCAUGUUGCUUAAUGUUCUGAAUUUUGUUGUUUUGGCCUUUGUCAUAGUGUCUUACCAAACAGUUACAGUGAAUAGUGUGAAUUUAAUUACGUAUCUAUCACAACAUGGCCUUCAUGGUGAAAUUACCUUCCAGAAGAGUUCAGAAUCUUCGGUAGAAAUUCGUGCAAAACUUGAGACAACUCUACAGUUCCCCGAUCAAGUCUGGAGCUGGGGUAUUCAUGAAUUCCCCGUUGAUUAUACCGAAACUGAUGCAAAUGCUCGCUGUGAUUUGGCCAAAUUAGGCUCACAGCUGAUUAGCUUCGAUGAUGACUUGGGUUUUCUGACACUUCCGGGAAAUGAGACGUCAAUGUGGACAAAAGACAUUCAAUUGACCGGGGAAAAUGGUAUCUGGGGUAAAAGUCUUGUCCUGAUCGAUGGGAAUACCCGAGUCUGUGGAAGUAUAACAACUGUUGAUCCCAAUGUCGAGCAUAUGGCUGAAGCUCGCUUCACAACUCCCAUAUCGGGAUCUGUCUAUUUCCGUUGGCUAGCCGAGAAUACGGGAAGCGGUGACACGUUGAUUUAUUCUGACUUAUACCAUAUUAGAUCGCAACCUGUUCCGCAUAAUGAUGAACCUGCUACUAAGCACUAUUGGAAGAUCUAUGUGACAGACAUUCUGGCCAAUGAUCAUCAUAGAAAUGAAGAUAACUGCAAUUUCUUGCAAUUAGUCUUCGAUCCACAGGGAUAUGGUGAGGGAAAGGGUAUUGGUGAUCUUGACUCGCGAUUGGGAAAGAUUAAAGUUGCCAAGAACGCUUUGAGACAAACUCAGCGUUCGAUAUACAAGGAUACCAAGUUGGAUCUUCUACCAUCGGAUCUUACAAUUCCCCACAGAACUCUGUACUUGGUACUCUUUGAUCACUUGCAUACAAAUGAGUUUCUAGCCUGUACCAAGAUCAGAAAUGUCAAGCCCCUUCUUUAUAAAACCUUCUUCAACUCUGGAGGAAUCAAGGGAGAAAUAUCAUUCAGUGCACGAUCGAGGUUUGAUCCAACAUUUUUGAAUUUCACUCUUUCCUCCACGGGACGGGAUACUGAUCGUGUGAGUAAGAAGUUUGCUGAAGAUGUUUCAGGCUUCCGAAUUCAUAGUCUUCCACCGGAUCCUAUUAGAAAGGGACAACCAGACUAUUGCAUUACUACAGAUGAAAUAUACAACCCGCAUGAGAUUGAUCUGAAGACCGCUCCUCCGCCAGGUUUCGGAACUCAAGAACAAUACGCUAUUGGUGAUUUGAGUGGAAAAUUGCAAAGUCGUAACAAAGAUUACUAUCACAAUUACAAGCUUCCUGGAGCUAGUUCAGAAUUGAGUGGAAUAUAUUGGGAUAUAUUCCUGCCACUGCAGGGCAUCAAUAGUAUCGUUCAUCGAGGUUUGGUGAUCUAUACUUUUGAUAGGUCGAAUCCGGAAAAUAUUAAAGAAGAUCCUUGGGGUUGUUCAACAAUUUCCCAGUAUCAGAAAAAUGGGGUCUAUCAGAAACAAAUAUCAACGGCGCAGGUUUUAUUUAGGUAUCCGAUUGUGGGAAGGGUACUUUUCCGUCAACCGGCAGAGGAGCCUUGGCAGGAUACUACCGUAAUAUUUGAAUAUCUUAUUCAUGCUGAUGGUUCAACGCAGAAUAAUACCUUUGGACAUCGUUGGGCUAUCCACGGAAGUGCUCCAGGGAAAGACUUUUAUGAUUGGCAGAAUCGAUGUACCAGUGCUGGGGAAGUUUUUAAUCCCUAUAAGGUUGAUUGGGGUGAGAAGAGAGUUGAAGACUUUUGUCGACCAAAUUUGAUGUCAAUGUGUAAAGUUGGAGCUUUGGAUACUCGUUUGGGGAAUCUUGCGAUAGCUGGAAGGAAAUCUGUGGCAACCAAAUUCAGUCGGAAGAUAUUUACUGAUUCUAACUUGCCACUUUCGGGGAAGCAUAAUAUUAUGGGAAGGUCUUUGGUGAUUUAUGAUGAUAACGGUCCAAAGGCUCGAGGGGAACGAUUGGCUUGUUCGGUAAUUAUUGGACACUUCAAAAGGAAAGUUGUUGCAAAAGAUUGGUACCCUAACGGAGGCGAACUUACAGUCAAGGGAAAGCUUGAAAUUGUUCAACAAUCCGAAUAUGAUAUGAGUAAUAUCGAAGUUGAAUUGAAAGGUUUGAAUGCUGCUAGCGGGUAUCAUAUCCAUCAAGUUCCUGUGGAAGAAAAUUUAGCUUUUCCCUGUGAGGCUUCGUCAUUGUACGAUCAUUGGAAUCCAUUUGGAAUAAAUCCAAAGUUAUCACCUCCACCAACUUUAGGAUCGACAGAUCAAUAUGAAAUGGGUGAUUUGAGUGGGAAGUUUGGGACUCUGGAUGGGUUGACGCACUACGAUGGUGCCUAUAAUGAUUCGAAUCUUCCACUUUUUGGUUAUAAUAGUAUUCUUGGAAGAUCGAUUGUGAUACAUAAAAGGGAAAAGAAUGCUCGAUGGGCUUGUAGUACUUUGGAACGUGGUUAUAGUCCUUCAGAGGCUAGGGAACUUCGUGCUAUAGCUUCGUUCCAUCAUCCGACGGGAUAUGCCUAUGGUUAUAUCAAAAUGUCACAAUUGAUUCAUUCGGAUGGAAGUCAAUCGGAUACAGUGAUUGAGGUUAAGUUGAGACAUCCGGGAAAGAAUGAUCGAAAUGUGACUAUGAACCACAAGUGGCAGAUAUUUGUCAACUCAGUUGGUGUAGAUGCUGCUGUGAAGCCCACAGCUACGAGAUGUGUUGCUGGUGGUUAUGUUUGGAAUCCUUAUUUUACUCAACUUGCGGAUCCUUUAAAUACGGAACUCUAUGAUCAAGAAUGUGGCACGGAUAAUCCUUUGAGAUGUUAUGUUGGAGAUGUUUCUUCUAGAUUAGGACCAAUAAAUAUUGGUGAAAAACGUAUGGUAUUUACGGAUCCAAAUUUCCCACUGGAACAACCUGUUGGUGCCAUUGGCAGAUCGAUUGUUAUUUUUGAUCAAAAUUGGUCGAAUGAGAGAUAUGCAUGUGCCAACAUUGAACCGGAUCAUAAUAUUGUUAAAUAUGUGAAUAUUCAGAAACCACCGAGAUUUGUUGUUGCCCAGUUCCUUGAAGAUCUCCGUGAAGUAAUGGGAAUUCCUGAAUGGAUGUUAAAUGUCGAUGCGAGAAGAACAAAAGAAUUACACGGUGGAGCUUGUAUUCAAAUGAUUAUACACUUCAAAGGACCUUUGGCACAUAGUUUGGAAUUGGAUAUGUCACGUUUAAUAGCAGCUGGUCGAUUAGACGCCCCAACUUUAUACAUUCCUGGAUACAUCAACAAAAAUAGGAAACCAACUCUUUCAUAUAGAACUUGUGGUGUACGAGAUACGAAUGAAAGAAAAAAAUCAUCAACUUUUAGAGGAAGCAGCGGAAGUUCAAAACCAAAGACUUUUAUACUCUUUAAUAUUGUUAUGUUAAUAAUCCUUAAUUUAAUCAAAUAAAAACAUAAUCCUUCCUAGGUAUUUUGUGUUCAAAUAAA